AUGAUUAUGCCCCGCGGCUCAGGCUCUCCCGAGCGCAAGCGUUCUCGUCCCUCCUCGGACAGCGAGGACACGAAGCCCAACAUCAAGCCCAAGGUCCAAUCGAACAACAAGGCGUACCGUGGCCGCAUCGACGGCAGCGCUCGUUCCGUCCUCGCCUCGAUCGUAAUCCAGCGCGGUAUCGCCUCCGCCCUCGCCGAGAUUGACACCGUUACUGCCGCGCAGGUCCGGAACCAACUCAAGCCUGGACGUCAGAAUCUGCGCAAGGUGCUGGAGGGAGCUACUAGCGAGGAGUAG